AUUAUUUUAAUUUUGAUUUCUUUCCUUCUGUUCUCUCUCCCCAUAUUCUAUCAUCCUGUGCCUGCCAAUAUAUUUUCCAUUUCAUAAACCCCUUGAUAAUGUACAUAGCUAUGUGCAAUAGCUUCCUCAACGUGAAACCCGUUCUCUCUGCUCAAUUGGCUUUAAUCCCAAUUUCCAUGCGCACUUCUCCCUCCUUGCUAAGCCUUGUUUUUGAUCGAUGCAUAAUUUGUAUUAGCCACUUGAUUUGAUGCUCAAGCAUCUGUUCCCGCAUUUGCAUAUUGCUUCUCUGUGCCCGCCACGCUUCUGCCAUCGUUGCUGAUUCGCCGACACUUCAACUGUUUUUCAGGCUUCCGCUUGGAUUCAUCGAGUUUUUCUCGCCUCUGAGUUAGUUUGUAGUUUUCAAAGUUAUCAGAAAGUCUUUGGUGGUGGUGUCUUGUCCUGCGGUGGGAGGUUUAUUAGAGAGUUUGAAGGUUGAAAGAUUGAAAGCAAAGGCAAAGCUUAGGUUUGCAUGGGCGAACAUGAGGGGUGGGCACAGCCCUCUGGUGGUCUAUUGCCAAAUGGUCUGUUGCCCAAUGAGGCUGCCUCGGUAAUUCGAGUGCUUGACUCAGAGAGAUGGUUAAAGGCUGAAGAAAGGACUGCAGAACUCAUUACCUGCAUUCAGCCUAACCCACCCUCUGAAGAACGUCGAAAUGCAGUUGCUGACUAUGUGCAGCGGCUGAUCAUGAAGUGCUUCCCCUGCCAGGUGUUCACCUUUGGGUCUGUGCCCCUUAAAACUUAUUUGCCUGAUGGAGAUAUUGACUUAACGGCAUUCAGUAAAAAUCAAAAUUUGAAGGAUACAUGGGCACAUCAGGUUCGUGAUAUGCUGGAGAGUGAGGAGAAGAAUGAGCAUGCAGAGUUCCAUGUGAAAGAGGUCCAGUACAUCCAGGCUGAAGUGAAGAUUAUAAAAUGUCUCGUUGAAAAUAUUGUGGUUGACAUAUCAUUUAACCAGCUUGGGGGGUUAUGUACCCUUUGUUUUCUUGAGGAGGUUGAUAAUCUGAUUAACCAAAAUCAUUUAUUCAAGCGUAGUAUCAUACUGAUAAAAGCCUGGUGUUAUUACGAGAGCCGUAUACUUGGUGCCCACCAUGGACUCAUCUCAACUUAUGCAUUAGAAACUUUGGUUCUUUACAUAUUUCAUGUUUUCAACAAUUCUUUUGCUGGACCACUUGAGGUAUUGUAUCGUUUUCUGGAGUUUUUCAGUAAGUUUGACUGGGAUAAUUUCUGCGUAAGCCUAUGGGGUCCGGUACCCAUUAGUUCUCUCCCAGAUGUUACAACUGAACCUCCUCGAAAAGAUGGUGGAGAUUUACUGCUUAGCAAGUUGUUUCUUGAUGCUUGUAGCUCAGUUUAUGCUGUUUUCCCUGGCGGUCAAGAAAAUCAAGGGCAAACCUUUGUUUCCAAGCAUUUUAAUGUUAUUGAUCCUUUGCGUGUUAACAAUAACCUUGGUCGUAGUGUCAGCAAAGGUAAUUUCUACAGGAUACGUAGUGCUUUUGCAUUUGGGGCUAGAAGGCUUGCCAGAUUACUUGAUUGCCCAAAGGAGGACUUAUAUUCUGAGGUCAAUCAGUUCUUUAUGAACACUUGGGACAGACAUGGAAAUGGGCAGCGGCCUGAUGCUCCAAGCAAUGACUUAUGGAGUUUGAGAUUAUCUAAUCAUGACCAAUUACAGGGGUCUCAGAAUCUCAGGAAAAACAGCCAAAAAAUUGAAAAUAUCAGUGAUCGUAAAUACCAAGCUGAAGGGACACACGGUUCACGAAGUGGCCCAUCUCAUCAUAGUAGCUCAUUUAAGAGUAGUGAUGCUUCUACUGGAUCACAUACACAAAGUGGAAAGGCCCAUAGCAACCAAAACAAUUUAAGGACCUCUGACCAGGUCAAAAGGGAAAUCAGUUCUAAUCAGCAUGCUUAUGUUGAUAAAGGUCAGGGAAAUGUUAAACACAAUAAUCCAAUGAUUGAUAUUCAAGGAAGAUUUGUAUUUGCAAGAACCCGCUCCAGUCCUGAGUUGACUGAUUCAUAUGAUGAAGUUUCCUCCCAAGGAAGUUCUGCAAGGGCCCAAGAAAGUGGGAAAGGGCAGAAUUCCUCUGCAAGGUUGGAUAAUACUCAUAGGAGGAAUCUUGAAGCUGACAUGGCAUCAAGCCACGGUGUUAGAAUUGAUGAUACAUCCUCUACACGUUUAUCACCCAGUCAUGUCCUUGAUGAUGCUGCUGAUAUUCAGAGUGACUCAAAUAGUUACCAUGGUGACUCACCCUCUGGUGUAAUGGGUGGAGAUUUUGUGUCUCUGGCUGGAAAAGGAGCAUCUCAGAUGAUGCUUCAGGAGGAGCAAGAUCUUUUGAACAUGAUGGCAUCUUCAACAGCUCAUGGUUUUAGUGAUCGUGUUCAUGUUCCUGUGAAUUUAGCUCCAGGUCAUCUACCACUUCCAUUUCCACCUACAAUUCUUACAUCAAUGGGAUAUGCACAGCGAAAUGUGGGUAGUAUUCCCUUGAUUGACGCUUCUUGGGGCACAAACAUGCAGUUUCCUCAAGGUUUAGUCCCUUCUUCAUUGACUCCAUAUUUCCCUGGCAUAGGAUUGACUUCAAAUCCUGAAGAUACAAUUGAAACCAGUAAUGAUAGUUUUAGUGCUGUUGAAAUGAAUCCAGCAGCCAAUAGUGGUUUCUGGCAUGAGCAAGAACGGGGCCCUGUUACUGAGGUUGAAGUUGAUAAUGGGAUUCUGGAUGAUAAACAACAGUCAACUUCUGGCAGUUAUAACUUUGUUUCAUCAUCCCGAGUUAGCAGCUCUGGUAGUUCUGGUAGAAAUCAACAGAAGUUCACUAAAGAAGACAAAGGAUUUACAAGAGAAGAACAUGUUGAUAAUUUUCAAUAUCAAGAUAGCAGGGGAAAUGAGGUUUGUUUCGAUGAUAGAAUGGCAAAUUCUAGGUUAAUCAGUGCUCCUUUGAGUUCCAAGACUAAAACUUCCUCUGAAAGCUCUUGGGAGGGAUCACCAGCAAAAUUUUCAAAGUCAACAAAGGAAAAAAGAGGUAGGAAGAAUAUCCCCUCAGGGGUAUCAACUGGUUAUGGGAAGGGAAAGGAUGUAUCGGAAAUGUCAUCUAACCUGGCAGAUGAUGAAAACGGAGAAAGAUCGUCUUUUUCAACAACUAAUAUGGCAGAAAGAAGUACAGGUGCCCCAGCUGUUGCUUCCAUGCAUGUCCCAAGGCAUCAAGCACCUGGAUUCGAACCAUUUCAGACAAGUGAAUCAGAUUCACUGAUACCUAUAACUCCAGUGCUUUUAGGUGGAGGUUCUCGCCAAAGAGCAGUUGAUAAUUCUGGGGUUGUUCCAUUUGCAUUUUAUCCUACGGGGCCACCUGUACCCUUUUUUAUGCUUCCAGUGUAUAAUUUUCCAACUAAGUCAGGAACUUCUGACACAUCAACAGGCAAUUUUAAUGGGGAAGAAUUGGUGGAUAACAGUGAUUCUGGUCAGAAUUUUGAUUCAUCUGAGGGGUAUGAGCAGCCUCAAGUGUCAAGCCCUCCUAAUUCUAUUAGAAGAGCUACUUGUGAGUCAUCAGAGCAAAAGUCUCACAUUCUUGACAGUGACUUUGCGAGCCAUUGGCAAAAUUUGCAAUAUGGGCGGUUUUGUCAAAACUCACGCCAUCCACCUUCAAUGAUCUAUCCUUCACCUGCACCUCCUGUUUAUUUGCAGGGUCGUUUUCCUUGGGAUGGUCCUGGAAGACCCCAUUCAACUAACGUGAAUCUUGUUGCUCAGUUUAUGAACUAUGGGCCACGAUUAGUACCUGUUGCUCCUCUCCAGUCGGCUUUGAACAGACCUGCCAAUGUUUACCAACGUUUUGCAGAUGGGAUGCCACGUUAUCGAAGUGGCACUGGAACCUACCUGCCAAAUCCUAAAGUUUCUGCUCGAGAUCGACAAUCCACAACCCGAAGAGGAAAUUACAACUAUGAAAGGAGUGAGCACCAUGGUGAUAGGGAAGGAAACUGGAAUAUGAGCUCAAAGCUGCGAGCAACUGGACGUGGUCAUAAUCGCUACCAAACUGAGAGGCCAAACUCAAAGCCAGAGAGGUUGGCAACAAGUGAGAGCCGAGCUGAAAGGCCAUGGCGGUCACAUAGACAUGACUCCUCCAUGUCUUACCACACACAGAAUGGUCCAGUACGCUCAAAUUCCUCACAGAACAGUUCUUCCAAUGUGGCAUAUGGGAUGUAUUCUCUGCCUGGCAUGAACCCCAGUGGGGUCUCAUCAAAUGGACCAACAAUGCCGUCUGUUGUAAUGCUGUACCCCUAUGAUCAUAAUACUGGCUACAGUUCACCAGCGGAGCAUGUGGAGUUUGGAUCUUUUGGACCAAUGGGUUUCUCAGGUGUUCAUGAACUAUCACUAAAUGAUGGAAGCCGAUCUGGUGGAGCAUUUGAGGAGCAAAGGUUUCAUGGAGGUUCUGCUCAACGAUCUUCACCAGAUCAACCCUCUUCACCCCGCGUCCCAAGGUGACAUUGAUUAUUUUGCCAGACCGGUGGCCGAGAAGUGAUUUCAGGUUGAAAGAGGAGGAUAUUCUUCCUACUUAUUGGGAGCUGGGAGACAAGUUGAGUGGAGAACCCUAUCCUCAAUCAGGCGUCAUUCGUGUUCCCAGCCCACUCUUGACUGAGAAGAUUUAUUUGUUCGAGUUAUAGUUGAUCUGUCAUGUGAAAGUUGCCUGUUUCGUGGCCCAGAUGUUGCUUGUACAUUUACCAAGCUAUUAACCAACUUCGUUUAUAUUUGUUCUUCUAACACCUUGUUCAAAGGACGAAGCCACGGUGGCAAAAGUGGGAUGCCUAACUUGGUGGUUAGUUUGUCAUUGAAGGUUGAUACAGUUGUAACAGUAUCAGAUUAGAAAACCGGCCUUUAGGUUCAGAAUUUAGAUAUCUUUUCUUACCCAGUCACAGGUUUUCCCCAGCUACUCUCCUUGACAGUGGAGUAGGAUAUUUGUUUUAGAGGAUGCAGUAGCUCUUCGUCGAAUUUUAUAGCACUGUUUACAAUGUAGCAGUAACAAUAUCAGAAGAUAAUAAUACGCCAUUUAAACCUA